GCCUCCGGGUGUCGCUGUUGGCCGCCGCCGAGCGGCGCUGGAGCCGCCGCCGCCGCCGCCGCAGCGUCCUGCCCCCGCAGGCUGCUCGCUCGCCCGGCGCCGGCCACAGCGGCAGCGGCACCGCCGCCAGCAGCAGCGGCGAGAGGCGGCGAGAGGCGGCGCGGCGAGCUCGCAGCCUUUGAGCGGUGUGUGUUGUGGGCGGCGAGAGCGGCUGGAAGGGAGGCAGGGCAGCGGCAGGAGGCAGGAGCGCGGCGAGCGCUGCGGGCAGAGAAUGGCGGUGAGGCGGCGGCAGAGGCUUGGGCCGGGCGGCGGGCGAGCGCUGCUGGCCGCGGUGCUGCUGUGCGUGUGGGGCCGGGCGGCGGCCGAGCGGGUCCGCUACGCCAUCCCCGAGGAGCUGGGCAGAGGCUCGCUCGUGGGGCCGCUGGCGCGGGACCUGGGGCUCAGCGCGGACGAGCUGCCGGCGCGCAAGCUGCGGCUGAGCGACGAGAAGCAAUACUUCACGGUGAAUGAGGAGAACGGGAACCUGUACGUGAAUGAGAGGCUGGACCGGGAGGAGAUGUGCGGCGAGUCGGCGACCUGCUCCGUCAGCUUCGAGGCGCUGGUGCACAACCCGCUGAAUAUUUUCCACAUUGAAGUGACCAUCGAGGACGUGAACGACAAUUCCCCGACCUUCAGCAAAACUGCUCUGGACCUCGAGAUUGGUGAAUGGACGCUUCCCGGUGCUCGUUUUCCUUUGGAGAUGGCCCAUGAUGCAGACGUGGGCAGCAAUUCGCUGCUGACUUAUCAGCUCACCAGCAACCCGUCCUUUUCUCUUGCCAUGAAGGACAGCCCGGACGGAAGCAAACUGGAAUUAGUUCUGGAGAGAGCCUUGGACCGAGAGAAGCAGAGCUCCUUUGAGCUGGUGCUGACGGCAGUUGAUGCCGGGGACCCUGUGAGGUCCGGGACUGUCCAGAUUCGGGUCAACGUGACGGACGCCAAUGACAAUGCACCCGUAUUUGAACAGGACCGAUACCGCGUGAGCCUGCCCGAAAACACACCGCCGGGUUCGGAAGUACUAAAGCUGUCAGCCUCAGACGCCGACGCAGGCACCAACGCCCGCAUCACCUACGGCUUCGGAAAAAUGCCAGCCAAGGCACUUCAGAAGUUCGUGAUAGAUACAGAGAGUGGGUCUGUCACACUGCAGGAGGCUUUGGACUUUGAGGACACGCACGUGUUUACCUUGGCUGUGGAGGCAAAAGACGGAGGGGGUUUGAUAGCGCACUGCAAGGUGGAGGUGGAGGUGCUGGACGUGAAUGACAACGCGCCCGAGAUCACACUGCUCUCGGUGUCCAGCCCCGUGCCCGAGGAUGCUGCGGUGGGCACCGUGGUGGCCCUUCUAAAAGUGCGGGACAGAGACUCGGGUGAGAACGGUCAGGUGUGGUGCGAGCUGUCGGGAGAGGCGCCUCUGUCGAUCGUGGCGUCGUCGGGCGGCUCCGGACAGCUUGCGAACGUCCCCGCGGUGGGGAACCGUGCUCCGGAGAGACAAAGGGGCCGGCGGCAGUGGCUCUUAGAGACAAGCCGGACAAAGAGGGGGAAUUUGAGCAGGAUCGACAAUACCGCGAUCGAGAUGUGCGCGGCGGAGAAGCGGGGGGGCCGGCGGCAGCGAGCUCUGCUGUUGGGAGUGCUGCUGGCGGUGUGGCAGGCGGCGUGGGGGCAGCUGCGCUACUCGGUGCCCGAGGAGAUGCCCAAGGGCUCGUUCGUGGGCGACGUGGCCAAGGACCUGGGGCUGCACCUGCUGGAGCUCAGCGAUCGAAGAGUGCGCAUCCUAAACAAAGGCAGGACGCAGUAUUUUGCUCUGCACGGGAAGACGGGACAUUUAGUGACGGCGGAGAGGAUCGACAGAGAGCAGCUGUGCCGGCUGGUGGAGAAAUGCGUGCUGCGCUGUGAACUGAUAGUGGAGGGACAGAUGCAGGUUUACGGAAUCGAAGUGGAAAUCACGGAUGUUAACGACAACGCGCCGAGCUUCAGAGAGGCAGAAAAAGAGCUCAGACUAAGCGAGACGACAGCGCCGGGUUCGCGGUUUCCCCUGGCCGAAGCUCAUGACCCAGAUUCGGGCCGGAAUUCCCUGCAGAGCUAUGAGCUGAGCGGCGACGAGCACUUCUCGCUGGCCGUGCAGGCGGGCCCCGGCGGCGAUCAGCGUCCCGAGCUGGUGCUGGCCAAGGCGCUGGACCGGGAGGAGGCGGCGUUUCACGAGCUGGUGCUGAGGGCGAUGGACGGCGGCGAUCCGGCACGGACGGGCACGGCUCGGAUCCGCGUGACCGUGGUGGAUGCGAACGACAACGCGCCCGUGUUCAGCCAGGCGGAGUACACGGUGCGAGUGCCCGAGGACGUGCCCGUGGGCUCUGUCCUCGUCACCGUUACUGCCAAUGACGCAGACGAGGGGCUGUAUGGUCAUGUGAAAUACAGCUUUCGUAAAAUUUCAGACCGUGCUUCAGAACUUUUUAAUCUCAACUCUGAGACAGGAGAGAUAACUGUUAAGGACCACUUGGAUUUCGAGGAAAUCUCCUCUUACGAACUUGAGGUUCAGGCACAUGACGGGGGAGAGCUUUUUGACACGGCAAAAGUCGCAAUCUCUGUGACAGAUGUCAAUGACAAUACACCCGAACUGACAGUAUCCUCGGUAGUGAGUGAAAUCGCCGAGGAUGCUCAGCCGGGGACUGUUGUGGCCCUGCUUCACGUGCAGGAUGGCGACACGGGGGCGAACGGCGAGGUGCGCUGCUCGAUUGACAAAGACGUCCCGUUCCGGCUGGAGAAGUCCUAUCAAGACUACUACCGUGUGGUGACAUCGAGCGAGCUGGACCGGGAGCAGGUGUGGGAGUACAACGUGACGGUGCGGGCGGCGGACGGCGGGUCGCCGUCGCUGCAGAGCAGCGCGGUGCUGGCGCUGCGGGUGCUGGACGUGAACGACAACGCGCCGGUGUUCUUGGAGGAGCGCUACAGCGCGCGGCUGGCGGAGAACAACGCGGCGGGCGCGCUGGUGCUGACGGUGCGCGCCACGGACGCGGACUGGGGGCAGAACGCGCGCGUGCGCUACCGGCUGGCGGAGGGGCGGGUGCGGGGCGCGCCGCUGUCGUCGUACGUGUCGGUGCAGGCGGAGACGGGCGCGCUGUACGCGCUGCGCUCCUUGGACUACGAGCAGGUGCGCGAGCUGCAGCUGUGGGUGCGGGCGGAGGACGGCGGCGCGCCGGCGCUGAGCAGCAACGUGUCGGUGCGGCUGCUGAUCGUGGACGAGAACGACAACGCGCCGCAGGUGCUGUACCCGCCGGCGGGCGCAGCGGCGGGCUCGGGCGCGGCGUGGUCGGGCGUGGAGCUGGCGCCGCGCCGGUCGGAGGCCGGCGCGCUGGUGGCCAAGGUGGUGGCGGUGGACGCGGACGCGGGGCAGAACGCGUGGCUGUCCUACGAGCUGGCCAAGGCCACGGAGCCGGGGCUGUUCCGCGUGGGGCUGCACAGCGGCGAGGUGCGCACGGCGCGCUCGCCGCUGGCCCGCGACGCGGCGCGCCACAGCCUGGUGGUGCUGGUGCGGGACCACGGGCGGCCGGCGCUCUCGGCCACGGCCACGCUGAGCGUGGUGCUGGCCGAGAGCGUGGCCGAGCUGCUGGCCGAGCUGGGCAGCGCGGCCGACGAGGCGGCGGCGCCGGGCGAGCCGGCCGCCAGCCUGACGCGCUGGCUCGUGCUGGCCGUGGCCGCCGUGUCGUGCCUCUUCGUGGCCUUCCUGCUGCUGCUGCUGGCGCUGCGCCUGCGCCGCUGGCACCGCCAGCAGCUGCUGCCGGCCGACAGCGGCGCCCUGCGCGGCGUGCCCGUGUCGCACUUCGUGGGCAUCGACGGCGUGCGCGCCUUCCUGCAGUCCUACUCGCACGACGUGUCGCUCACGGCCGACUCGCGCAAGAGCCAGCUGCGCUUCUCGGCCGCCAGCUGCUGCGACCCCCUCCCGGCCCGCCCGCCGCCCGACGAGCCCGCGCCGCUGCUCGGGGACCAGGACCCCGCCGGCGCCCUGCCCGCGCCUUCUGCCCCUCCCUCGGUGAGUUUCUCUCUCCACAUUUUCUCUGCCACGCUUUCUUCUGAUGCUCCCCUGCCCUUUCCCCGCCGUGUCCCCGGUCUUGCAUAGGAGAUUUUGCUUCAA